AGAUCUCUAGUUAAGGGAAUAGUAGCCCCAUCCGUUAUAGCACAUCCAAAAGUUCCACCUUCUCCAUUGAGUUUGUAAAAAUUAGAGCUUUUUAAAAAUAGCACCUAAAAAUUCUCUUGUUUUUCUUCUAAGCUGACACCAGAAAUCGAAUUAAAAUCUUCUUUUUAAUAAACUGCCCAAAUCUCCCUCCUCUUUUAACAAAAGAAAUCAAUUUCCAAAUCUUGAAAUUCAACGACCCGAUUUUUCACAAUGAAACAGAGAAAAAAUCUCAAUUUUCCACCCAAUAUUACCAACAUCAAACACAACACCAAUGUUUCAAAACCUUCUAAAAACAACAAAUUCACACACCCUUUAUUAAAAAAAGUUUUUACCCUCUGUUUAUGUUUUAGAUUUAUAAAUGCUUUAUUGGUUCAAACAUAUUUCAAUCCAGAUGAACACUGGCAAGCCCUUGAAGUUGCGCAUAAAAUCACAUUUGGAUAUGGACAUUUGACGUGGGAAUGGGAAAAGGGUAUAAGGAGUUAUUUGCAUCCAGUAAUAUUUGCUGUGUUGUAUAAAGUUCUUGCCUUUUUUCACCUUGACAAACCUUGGUUCAUGAUAAGGGCUCCACGGCUGCUGCAGUCAACAUUUUCAGCUACUGGGGACAUCUAUUUGUUUAAGCUCUCUCAAGAGUUAUUUGGUGAUCAUGUUGCAAAAUUCACGCUUUUUGCCCAGUUGACAAACUGGUUCAUGUUUUUCUGUAUCACGCGUACUUUAUCCAAUAGUCUGGAGACUGUUCUUACUGUUGUGAGCCUGUACUACUGGCCUUGCAUUAGAACAUCUGCUAGUAAAAUAUCUCCCGGUUCCAGAAAAUGUGCUCUAGCUCUAGCUGCAUUAGCAUGUGCAAUCCGACCUACAAGUGCCAUUACAUGGAUUUAUAUUGGCGUCUUAGAGCUGUACAUAGCACGCGAUAAGCUGAAAUUUAUUCUCCUUGAGGUGAUUCCUAUCGGGACAUUAAUUCUAGGACUUACUUUUCUGGUGGAUCGCUGGAUAUAUGGCACUUGGGUCCUUGUGCCAUUGAACUUUCUGAAGUUCAACUUUCUCUCUUCUGGGGGAGACUAUUAUGGAACUCACGUGUGGCAUUGGUACUUCACUCAGGGUUUUACAGUUAUGAUCUUCACAUUCUUACCAUUUUCACUUGCUGGCAUUUUUAAGUCUAAGCAGUGGAAGCUAGCUGGUCUAGUCGCUUGGUGUUUGGCAAUUUACAGCUUGUUGGGUCACAAAGAGUUCAGGUUUGUCCUCCCCGUGCUUCCAAUAGCUUUGAUGUUCUCUGGAUACUGGUUGGCAACAAUUGGAGAACAUGAUAAGUCUAACGGCCGAGGUAAAAGAUCUCCAAGCACUGAUAACAGGGGCUCAGGAAAAUUGCAACUGGCCGUGCUGUUCCUAGUAGUUAGCAAUAUUCCGAUGGCAUUUUACAUGAGUAUGGUUCAUCAGAGAGGGACAGAGGAUGUAAUGAACUACCUCUCUGUAGAGGCGAACAACGGGAAAGUGAAAAGUAUCCUUUUCUUGACACCUUGCCAUGCGACACCUUACUACUCAACUCUUCACCGUAACCUUACUAUGCGUUUCUUGGAUUGCACGCCAAGUGAAGAGAAGGGAGUUCUAGAUGAGUCUGACCAGUUCUUGGUGGAUCCAGCUGGUUUCGCAACAGAAUUUGCUAAAAACUGGUCUAUACCUAGCCACAUUGUGCUCUUUGACUCACAGGAAAAACUACUAAAGGACUUUCUAGCUUUGCAUAAUUUCCAAGAGAUAAAAAGGUUUUUCCAUGCGCGCUUCAAGGUAGAUCGAGAACUUCAGGCAUCUGUUGCUGUGUAUGCAUUGAAAGGCCAGUGAUUCUGUCCUUGAUGAGCAAAAUAGAAUCUAGAAGCUGUCUUUAAUUUUCUUUAACUAUUCUAGGUGUAAAUGUUUUCUAGUAUCAUUUGCCUUCUGGUUUAUAUUUCCCUUCCUUCUUUCUUUUGUUCAUGGAAAGAUUGGUUGGAGUUUCUGCUAUAAAGCAGAAAUUUUGAAAUUUUGUAGACGUGGUUUGAUUAUUCAAGUUUUGUAAGAAAAGCUAAAGGAAAACACAGGAAAGAUAUGGAAAGAAGAAAAGAAGAUUAUUUUGACUCAAGUGA